AUUAUUGAUGGAUAAAACAUUUAGAAACUGUUUCAUAACAUAAUUAAUUUAAAUUUUAAAUGUAAUAAAAUAAUAAUACAAAUAAUAUAGGUAAUGGCUAAUUUUGUCAAUGUUUGAAAACAAAUUAUUUUUUGAGCUUUUGUGAAAAUACUUGUUAAAAAUUUUUAACUAUGCGAUGAGCAAUGUAGGUACUUGAACAAUAUUUGAAAAUUUUCUUUAGGUGCAUAUGCACCUAUCUUAUUUGAUUAUGGUUUGUUGACACAUAGAAUUGAAAAUUUUGUUAAAAUCAUGACAAGUGAAAGAACAAAAAGGAGAAGAGUUAAGGAAGAGCUAGAAUCUAUGCAGUUUGAUCUUAACUUUUCAAAAUUGCAAAAGAAAAGACAACAUACUUAUUGUAAAGAAGUGAAUGUGAAUGAUGAUUUUAUUACUAAUAAUCUGCAUAACAAAUACUAUGAAGAAAACAUCAGUACUCCAAUAUGUAAUAGUUAUAAACAAAAUAUUGAAGAAAAUUGUUUCAGUCCUGGAACAACAUUUUGUAAUUUUCCUGAGAAUAAUGCUGCAUUUAAUGAACCAAUUGAAACUAUUAAUGAAUGUGAUUUAUUCAAGCGUAAUUUGUGUCAGUGGGCAGUAAAUUUUAACAUAAAUCAUAAUGCUUUGGAUGGAUUAUUGGUUAUUUUGAAAAAUGUGUCAACAUUAUCACAACUUCCUAAAGAUUCACGUAGUAUUUUAGAUACCAGAAAAAUGAACGAGACACAGUGCUUAACUACAAUAAAUCCUGGUUUAUAUUACCAUUUUGGUUUGAAAUCAGCUAUUUUGGAACAUUUUAAAUUUAUUUCAACAAAUAAUAUAGAUGUUAUCAAAAUAGUUAUUGGCAUUGAUGGCUUGCCAAUCUCAAAAAGUAGUGCAAGUCAAUUAUGGCCCAUUUUGGGGUAUAUACGCCCAUUCAAGAAUUCUGUGUUUCCAAUUGGUAUAUACUGGGGCCAUGAAAAGCCUGAAGAUUCUAAUUUAUAUUUAAAACAAUUUUGUGUAGAAGCUAAAGAGUUAUUGACAAAUGGAGUUAAUAUUAAUGGAGUGAUUUUUAAAGUUUUAAUCGAUGGAUUUUCUCUAGACGCCCCGGCUAAGUCGUUUGUGCUAAAAGUCAAGGGUCACAGUGGUUAUGAUUCGUGCACCCGGUGCAUAGAAGAAGGCGAGUAUUUGAAAAAUAGAUCAUGUUUUCCAUACACAGCAAGUAGUGAAAAAAAACGCACACAUGACGACUACAUCAGUAUGAAAUAUGAAGAACAUCAUGUUGGGAAUACAAUCUCAAUUUUAUCAGAUUUACCUGGUGUAAAUAUUGUUGAUGCAUUUGCGUUAGAUUACAUGCAUCUUGUUUGCAUAGGUAUUAUGAAAAAAUUAAUCCAAUUAUGGAUGAACAAAGGACCAUUGAACGUUCGUAUACCUAGUUCUGUUGUAAAAAUAAUAUCAGACCAAUUGGUAUCAUUUAAAAAGAGUGUCCCUUGUGAUUUUUCCCGAAAACCCAGGGCCUUAAAUGAAUUACCAAGAUUUAAGGCCACAGAACUGCGUCAAAUCCUUUUGUAUACUGGACAGGUCGUUUUCAAAGACAGCAUAAACAGCAACUGUUAUAUGCAUUUCAUGGCACUUAACAUAGCUAUGACCAUAUUAUUAAGUGAUAAUAUGAAAAAAGUACAUACAUUUUGCUAG